CCUUCGCUCGCUCGCUCUCUCACUGGCUCGCUUGCUGUGUCCUCAGAACCUCAGUGGCGACCCCAGCAGGCUGGGUCAGGGAGGGCCUGGGGAGCCACUUUGCCCACUACUCCGUGUCCUCUUGGGGGCUUUUUCCUUCCUUCCUUCCUUCCUCCCCUCGCUGCCUCCCCUUCCCCCUAAGCCCGGGCCCAGGGCAGGCGGGAAAAAGCAAGGAUGCCAUCAGUGAUGGAGAAGUCCAGCUCAGGUUCUGGGAUCCUGUCUCGGAGCCGGGCCAAGACGGCACCCAACGGAGGCCAACCCCACUCAGAGGAGGACAGUAGCGAGGAGGAGCACUCCCACGACAGCAUGAUUCGAGUGGGGACUAAUUAUCAAGCCGUGAUUCCUGAGUGCAAGCCUGAGAGUCCAGCCCGAUACAGCAACAAGGAGUUGAAGGGGAUGCUGGUGUGGUCCCCUAAUCACUGCGUGUCGGACGCCAAGUUGGACAAGUACAUUGCAAUGGCUAAGGAGAAGCAUGGUUAUAACAUUGAGCAGGCCCUGGGCAUGCUGCUGUGGCACAAGCAUGACGUGGAGAAGUCUCUGGCAGACCUGGCCAACUUCACCCCUUUUCCGGAUGAGUGGACUGUGGAAGACAAGGUGCUGUUUGAACAGGCCUUUGGCUUCCACGGGAAGUGCUUCCAGCGCAUCCAGCAGAUGUUGCCAGACAAACUCAUCCCCAGCCUGGUUAAAUACUACUAUUCUUGGAAGAAGACUCGGAGCCGCACAAGCGUCAUGGACCGCCAGGCCCGGAGGCUGGGUGGCCGAAAGGACAAGGACGAUAGUGAUGAGUUGGAAGAGGGAAGAGGAGCCACUAGUGAGGGAGAGCCAGAUGCUGGGGACCCCAAGAGAGAGCUGCCCCCAACUCGACCCCUGAACGCCCGGCCCGGUCCAGGGAAGAAGGAGGCCCAGCUGUCUCAGUACCGACACCACCCUCUUCGGACCCGGCGCCGCCCACCCAAGGGCAUGUACCUGAGCCCUGAGGGCAUCACAGCUGUCUCGGGCAGCCCUGACCUUGCCAGUCUUACCCUUCGGGGCCUGGACUCCCAGCUGGUGUCCCUCAAACGCCAGGUACAGAGCAUGAAACAGACAAACAGCAGCCUGCGCCAAGCCCUGGAGGGGGGCAUCGACCCACUGCGCCCUCCUGAGGGGAAUAUCAAGUACAACUCCCGAUGGACGACAGACGAGCAGCUUCUGGCUGUACAAGCCAUCCGAAGAUAUGGGAAGGACUUCGGUGCCAUUGCAGAGGUGAUUGGGAACAAGACGCUAACCCAGGUGAAGACCUUCUUUGUGAGCUAUCGCCGGCGCUUCAACCUGGAGGAGGUGCUGCAGGAGUGGGAAGCUGAGCAGGAUGGGGCUGCUGGGGCCCCGGCACCCCCCGAGGAGGCCCGCAAGGGGCUGCCAGCCCCUGCUGCUGCCACUGAAGAAGAGGAGGAGGUCCAGAUCACCUCAGUGUCUAGGUCUGUGCCUCCGGUGCAGCCAGCUCCCCCUCCUCCCACCUCGCUGUCUCAGCCCCCACCACUGCUUCGCCCCCCAUUGCCUACGGCCCCAACCCUUCUCCGCCAGCCCCCUCCACUACAGCAGGGUCGAUUCCUCCAGCCAAGACUGGCUCCCAAUCAACCACCCCCCCCUCUCAUCCGCCCUGCCCUUGCAGCCUCCCGACACAGUGCUAGGGGUGGACCCCAGCCACCACCUGCUUUACUAGGGGGCCCCUCCGAGCCCCCACCCCCUUCACUAUGAGUCCUUGUCCCCUCUCUCCACCCUGGGCACCACCUGCUUCAGUGAGGACAGAUGGAGCGGGCACCUCAGCUCCCCGGCCUGCAGCAGAUGAUCAGGGGGCUGUGAUGGGCACAACCUAAGACAUGGGGGCUCCUGGCAGACGAGAAGUGAGGCCAGCAUCUGAACACUGGCAUUUGGGGGCGGGGGGUUGGCCAGCUGCUCCCCCCAGCCCAAGGACCA